UCGGACUGCAUAUAAUAUUGUACUUAUUAUGAUUAGACAGUUUAAAUUAAUACAGUAUAUUGUUCUGGUAACAUUCUAAAAACAAACUCGUUCAUGUGUCGUGUGGUGAUGAACUUGUGAACCGGCGUUGCAGUUGGCGUUUUCGUACAAUUUGGUUUUUUUGUGUUCGUUCUUUGUUCGUUUUCCAUGUUGCAAAUGAAAUAACCAACCUCCAUCUGUGUGAGUUUUAUUAGUAUUUUAUUUUCGGUAGUGUAGUUUGAACAUUAAAGAACAAUGUUAAAUAACGAAAUGAGUAUAGAGAAUGGCGGCGGCGACGCUAAUUCCAAUGUGUCACCGACCAAACUCAUGGUCAACUAUAUACCAGAGCUGAUGACGCGCGAUAUGAUGUAUGCUCUUUUUUCUGCGAUGGGAAAAAUAGAAAGUUGUAAAUUAAUAGCGAAUAGAGGAUAUGGAUUCGUAGAGUACGAAAAACACGAGGACGCAGAGAAGGCGCGAGUUGCGUUCAACGGCCUGUUGAUGCAAGGCAAAACACUGAAAGUGUCAUUCGCACUCCUUAACCCCGAGAACAAAGUCAGCCACAAACCCGAUACUGAAUCGAAUCUCUAUAUAAGCAAUUUGCCUCCCGACAUGACCCUCGAGAGACUGAAUAGCUUGUUUAGCCAGUUUGGAAACAUAACUAAUAGUCGGGUGUCUCAAGGUAUCGGAUUCGUUUGCUACGAAAAUCGGCAGCAGGCGGAAGACGCCAUACAGCACAUGAACGGACAAUCACCGAUACCGGGUGCGGGGGCGAUAGUAGUGAAGUUUGCGAACAAGCCCAGUUCCAAUAAGAAUUCAGUUCGGUCUAGGGUAGGCAUUGCCGCCACGCCAUUAGCCUAUAACGGCGCGGCGGCCGUCUUCAACGGUACUACGCCUGCCUUCAACGGUACCAAUUUGAGCGCCGCGUUUGGCGCACGACCGGCAACAGCAUUCGCGCCCGGCUUCCCGCAAGCCUCGCCACCCCCUCUACUACCUUCUCCCGGUAAGGCACUACCGUUCAUCAACAAAGGCCAACAACGCUUCAAUCCCAUGGCGGCAACUAACCAUACUCCGUUACCGUUGAUAGGCGCCCCUGCCAGUCCCGUGCCCCUGCUAGGCGCGCCGGCGGCCCCGCACCAAACCACGGUGUAUGUAUACAACAUAGGUGAAGACACAGAGGAAUUGGCACUAUGGCAACUCUUUGGCCCCUAUGGUGCAAUUGACUCCAUAAAAGUGAUUAAGGACCCAGAGACAAAGAAAAAUAAAGGUUUUGCAUUUGUUAAUAUGCGUGAAUAUGAUGAGGCAGCGAUGGCUAUCCAGACACUGAAUGGAUACACGCUCAAUGGACAGGUUCUAUCAGUUAGCUUUAAGACUCAGAAGAGAAAUAUGUAGGAUAAGGACGUUUUAAACGUCAACUCGUUUGUGAUCGUCCCAGGGCCGAUACCUUAAAGAAAGAUUUCAUUCCAAUCUCAAAAUAUUUUUGUAGUUGAGACGCGAGAUCCUUUAUAUGCAUUUCAAAUUAGUCGCAUAAGUAUUUUUGUAAGAUUUGAUAAGUUUUGUACUGGCGAGAGAGCGACAUGACUACCUGUGAGUUAAGUUGGCUUGACAGUAUCCUAUAUGUGUACUUUUUAUCGUAUGAUAUGGUAUUAUAUUAUUGGACUAUGUAUGGACCUGUCGGAUAUGUAUUUCUGCCUGGGUGGCGCAGGGUCCGCCUGCCAGUCCCCCUGUGUCCACCCUCACCCUCCAGGUAUUUUUAUUUUAUGUAAAACAAACAAUUGUAUGUUUUUUAUCUUUAAUAAAUUUCAUGUUUAAAUAGAG